CCUGGGACUACACCUGCUGAGGGUAUUUGCACAGCUACACGAUCAGGUUUUGAAACAUGCAUCGUUUUGUCUUCCUGACUGCCCUUUGCUUGGGAAUAGCCUCAGCUACUAUACAGCUUGAUCAAAGUUUAAAUGCACAGUGGAUCCGGUGGAAGGAGAUACACGGGAAAAAAUAUGGUGUGGCUGAAGAAUGCAGAAGAGCAGUGUGGGAGAAGAACAUGAAGAUGAUUAUAAAGCACAAUCAGGAAUAUUAUCAAGGGAAACACAGCUUCACAAUGGCAAUGAAUGGCUUUGGUGACAUGACCAGUGAAGAAUUCAGGCACAUGAUGAUUGGCCUUCCAAUGCAGAAGAAUGAUACUGGGAAAGUAUUUAAAGUCCCUUUCUGUGCUGGUAUCUCUGUAACUGGGGAUAGGAACCAGAAAUCUGCUGGUCGGUGUGCCUCUGGCUGGGCUUUUAGUGCAAUUGCUGCCCUUGAAGAACAAAUGUUCCGGAAAACUGGCAAACCUGUUUCCCUGAGUGUGCAGAACCUCCUGGACUGCUCUUGGGCUGAAGGCAAUGAGGGCUGCAACGGUGGUCUAAUGAGUAAUGCCUUCCAGUAUGUUAGGAACAACGGAGGCCUGAACACAGAGGAAUCUUAUCCAUACAUUGGAAGAGAUGGACCCUGCAAAUACAGGCCCGAGUAUUCUGCUGCCAAUAUCACUGACUUUCACACCAUCCCUCAGCAGGAGAAGAUCCUUAAGAUGAUACUGAGAAAAAUGGGGCCUGUCUCCGCUACUCUAGAUGCAAGCCUGGAUACCUUCCGGUUUUAUAAACGAGGCAUUUAUUAUGAUCCAAAGUGCAGCAGUGAAGACCUGAAUCACGGUGUUCUGGUGGUUGGCUACGGCUUUAGAGGAAAAGAAUCAGAUGACAAAAAAUAUUGGAUUGUCAGAAACAGCUGGGGCUCUGAAUGGGGCAUGGAUGGCUACAUAAAAAUAGCCAGAGACAGGAACAACCACUGUGGAAUCACCACCAUGGCCAGCUUUCCUGUCGUGUGAGAUGAUGGUGAUGAAGAAGUCCUUGACUGGCAACAGAAUAUCCAGGAAAUGGAUUUUAUUGUAAAGUUUAUCACAUCUUAUUGUUUGGGGUAAAACACUUGAAUCAUUGAAGAUCCAAGUUGUGACUGGAUUCUGUGACUGUUCACACUGCUCUUUAAUCCUUGCUGUAAUCAAUGGUUUAUGAUUAUCUUCCUUAAUAACUUUUGAAUGUUCAUGUUAUAAUUUUUUAAAUUCAUUUUUGAGAGAGAGACAGGCAGACCAAGUGUGAGC